AGCCGCAGCUGCGCUCUGGUUGCUGUCCAUGGUCUCGAAAGCUACUGGUGCUGAUCUGCAGUUCCCAUCGCAAGCCACAUAUAUAACAACGGCAGCUUCUCUCUUGGCAACAUCACAUCUCAGAAGAAUCCUGCAACCACUGGAUUCCACUCUUACCUUCCAUUAUACCCCAGGAUUUCACCUCCUUCUCCAAUCAACGCAGCUGGAAAUGGGAUCGUUGAUUUGAAAAAGUGUUAAUCCCCCCCUUGCAAAGCUACCUGCCUAGAGCUGUGAUAAUUUGCAAGAAAAAGAGAAAGAAAGAACGUUUUAAGGAAAAACAUGGAUAAUUAUACAAUGUCUUUGGAAACGCAUGUAUAUAACGAAACUGGGGUCAAUCAAACACUAGGAAACAUGCCCCAAAAUGCCCUCGAGGUACAGGUGGUUACCAUUUUCCUUGUCCUUUUAAUCUGCGGAGUGGGUAUUGCCGGGAACAUAAUGGUAGUUUUAGUUGUGUUGAGGACCAAGCACAUGAUGACUCCGACAAACUGUUACUUGGUCAGCUUGGCCAUCGCUGACCUGAUAGUACUGCUGGCCGCUGGACUUCCCAACAUCUCAGAAGUUGUUGCGUCUUGGGUCUUCGGCUACGUUGGUUGCCUCUGCAUAACUUAUCUUCAGUACCUGGGGAUCAAUAUCUCAGCUUGUUCGAUCACGGCAUUCACCGUCGAGAGGUACAUAGCCAUCUGCCACUCCAUUAAAGCCCAGUUCAUCUGCACCGUUUCGAGAGCCAAGAAGAUCAUCACCUUCGUGUGGAUGUUCACCUCCAUGUACUGCGUCAUGUGGUUCUUCCUGGUGGACACCAAGGAAGUGAAGUUCGCUGAUGGCGUCCAGGUCAACUGUGGUUACAGAGUAUCUAGAAACUUGUACACCCCCAUCUAUUUCCUGGACUUCACCAUCUUCUACGUGAUUCCUCUGGUCCUCGCAACUGUUUUGUACGGACUGAUCGCGAGGAUAUUAUUUAUGAAUCCGCUUCCAUCCAACCCCCAGGAUCUUAGCCGGAUGAGCUCUAAACAUCAUGGGAAACCCUACAACUCCAUAAAACUUUCAUGUAAGGGGAACAAGAACACCGUGAGUUCACGGAAGCAGGUAACCAAGAUGCUGGCUGUUGUUGUUAUCCUGUUUGCCCUCCUCUGGAUGCCGUAUCGUACGCUUGUGGUGGUAAACUCUUUCAUGGACCCUCCCUACCUGAACGUUUGGUUCUUGCUGUUCUGUAGAAUGUGCAUCUAUCUUAACAGCGCCAUCAACCCCAUCAUAUACAACCUGAUGUCCCAGAAGUUCCGAGCGGCCUUCAAAAACCUCUGCAAAUGCGAGCAGAAAAGGACAGAGAAGGCGGCCAACUACAACGUCCCGGUGUACUACAGCGUGAUGAAAGACAGUUCUCACGAAAGCCCGGAUCAUGACCUCACAGUCCAAGAGGAUCUCAAUGGAUUCCCGUCCAAAAAAGUCAACUUUACAGAAAAAUGCAUAGAUACCACCAGAACAUAUAGUGUUGCAUGAUACCUCCGACGCUGUCCUACGAUGGGUAUUUUAAUCGUCAACGUAAUGUAUUCGAAAUGGUGUUGUACAAAUGUUUAAAAAAAUAUUGCCUGAAUGGAGAGGGAAUGUAAAUAAGCAAAAAUUCUUCUAAAGAUCUUUAAUAUUUGCAAAAUUUAUACACUGUCUGGCUCUCCGA